AUGAAAGGACCAACACCUCUCAUGAACCUGCCAGGGUUUGACCUUGUUUGGGGCGUAAACCCUGAUUACAUGCAUUGUGUUUUGGAGGGCGUUGCUAAAGAGCUGUGCGAGUUGUGGAUUACUUCUACAGGGUCAGAGUUUUAUGUUGGGGCCCCAUCAACACUGGCGAAACUCGACAGGCGCCUCUUGCAGAUCAAACCCCCCCAAUGGUUCACCAGGCUGCCCCGAUCAUUGCUUGAUAGGCAGUACUGGAAAGCUAGCGAGUGGAGAGGAUGGCUUCUCCACUAUGCAGUCCCUUGCUUGACGGGAAUUUUGCCACAGAGGUACCUGGACCACCUCUGCCUGCUGGUGAAUUCGGUCUACCUCCUUCUAAAGGACACUGUGGUGAACCGGGACAUUGCGACGGCCUCUGAUCAGCUGACAGAGUUUGUUGUAGUCGUGCAAUCACUUUAUGGUGCACAAGCAAUGACAUUCAAUGUGCAUCAACUGCUACAUUUGGCAAAGAGUGUGCAGAAGCUUGGACCAUUGUGGUCACACUCAACCUUUAUUUUUGAGUCUGGGAAUGGGCAGCUUUUGAAGCUUGUUAGUGGCAGCAAUGGUGUUCCGCUGCAAAUUCUGGAACGUUUCGUCAUGCAACAACACCUCAAGAAGAUCAUGAGCACGGUAGAGCUGAAGCAGGAGACAGUUGCAUUUUGUGCAGCAAUGGCCCCGCCUCAAAGGGACAUGUCCACACACACUCUAGGAAGUGGUAGGCUGUACACAGCCUUCAGUGAAAGUGAGCAGGCUGCUCUAGGGGACAAGCUGGGCCACAUUCCUACUACAGCUGUAGAGUACCAGCGUAUUUCUAUUCGGGGGCACCAGUACCACUCGGCUUCAUACAAGCGCCCCAAGAAGACGAACAACUCUGUCUUUGCAGCUAGCAAUGGCCACCACUAUGUACUAAACAAGAUCUGGGAGGUGGACAGUGGCCAACAAUUGUUAUGUUGCUCUCCGCUUUCCUGCCGUAGGGAUCCGAGGGUAGACCACCUCUUCAGUGCAGCACGCAGGCCUUCCCGCAUAAAGGUUCUCGAAACAAGCCAGGUGACUCGACUGUGCGUGUCAAUGGUCCAUGCCCACUGUUUGUCUAGCAUCCCUAAUAUGUUUGAGCGAGACUAGAUGCGGGGGGAAGUCUUCAUUUGAUGUAGUUUGGUCACUACUAUCGUAAAGUUCUGAAAGAAUGCCCACCCAAAAUGAAGAUACAAAUGGUGAAAAACAUGGGGUGGGCUAUCUUUGGGGAAU